AGCUGCUGAUUGGUGUGUCAGCUGAUGGUGGACCCUUUGAACAUCAGAGGGAGCUGGCAGACUCUAAGGAUGCAGCUCGUGCUUCUGAAGGUGUGUGGUACCUUUCCUGAGCCAGGCCAUGAGGCCAUGUGGCCAUAAUGUGGGCCCCUCAUGGCCUCAGUGGGAGCAUAGCAGCACAGUAUUGGCCUCUGCCACAGAAACAACUACAAGCAGAGCUGUUCUUCAGGCACAGUGCCUGCCCCAGCACUUGAGAAGCCCUUGGAGGGUGAAGGCUGGGCUCAGGCCCAUCAGCAGGUGAAGCCAAUCUGGAAGCUGGAGGACAAUCACGUGGAUACGUUGUCAGCAGUGCUACGCCCAGGUGUCUUAGGGAUCCCACUUCAGCCGGCCUAUUUCUUUUGUCCCAGUACUUUAUGUAGCUCUAGCACCACAGCUGUCAUUGCAGGUCAUAGCAACUCCAGUUACCUGCAGUAUCCUCCAGACUUGUCCAGCAGUACCCUGCUGUACCGGCACAAGUCAUACCAGCAACUGGAGUCAUUCUGCUUGCAUUCCAGCCCAUCAGAAAAAAGACCUUUUUCUCUUCCUCAGAAGAGGCUCCCUUUCAGUCUCACUGCCAAUAAAGCCACCUCUUCCACAGUCUUCCCCAUGGCCCAGCCCAUGGCAUCCUCAUCUACAGAACUAUACCUCUCACUGGCAGCAGCUGGGGAAAGCCCUUCAAGGACAAGCCUGGCCCCUGCCAUCUCAGGGAAGAUCACAUCUCCACUGUCUUCCUCCUACAAGCCCAUGUUGAACAACAACUCCUUCAUGUGGCCAAAUAGCACUAAAGUGCCUUUCUUCCAGGCCACAGAGAGCCUAAAACCAGUGUCCUCACCCAAGAUUCAGCCUGUCUCCUGGCAUCAUUCAGGGGAUACUGGAGGCUGUGUACUCCAGCGUGUUGAUCAUAAUGUACCCGAAAGCAAUGGCACUUUCCUAGAUGAUGCCACUGUCCAUAUUACUCCAUCUACCCCUAGGUCCCUCAACACAUCCACCACCAGUGUUGCCUCUUCCCAGUACAACUGGAAUAACUUAGCCACAAGGCCAGAGCUAUACCCCUAUGGCCUGAAUGAUAACUCCAAUUCCCAGGCUCCAGCUAAAGAGGUUCAUUUCACUGAAGCUGUCAGGAGUUUGUCUGAAAAGAGCUUUGAGAAAAAGCCACAGCAAGGCUACGAGCUUGAACAAUCUUGUUUUGUGAACACUAACUUCCAGUGGAGCCUCCUCAACAGGAGCCAGCAGUGGAAACCUGUGGUAGGCCAGCAGUUUCCUCUGGAGGACACUGGAUCAGACAGGAAGAUCUUCCCUGGAGCCUCGGACACUGUGGGGUUGGAUAGUACAGUCUUCUGUACCAAAAGGAUCAGCAUUCACCUCCUUGCCUCACAUGCCAAUGGGCUGAACCCCAGCCCUGCCUGUGGGUCUGUAAUUGACUCCUUACCGGUUGGAGAAGACAAAGUUCCCAUUCCCUCUUCUCUCCUUCAGCCCCUUGGCAUAGCUGAAGUGGCCACCCGCUUCUCUUCCAUCCAUCUAGUCCAGCCUGGGAACGAGGAGCCUAAGGAAGCCAGGGACUCACCUGCUAUUGGUUCAGCUACUGACCUCCAGCCAAACCAGGUAGAGGCUGAAGAUACAGAAGAACUAGUAGAUGGUGUGGAAGACUGCUCCAGCCAUGAUGAGAAUGAAGAGGAGGGGGACUCCGAGUACUCCUCAAGUGCUAUCUCCCCUGGUGAAUCAGUGGCCAAGAUCUCUCGGAGCUGUGUGGAGAUCGUGACCAAAUCUUUGUCCAAUUCUGAGAAAGUUGUCCGGCCAGCCCUCGUCUAUAGUCUCUUCCCCAAUGUUGCCCCUACCAUCUAUUUUGGUACUCGCGAUGAGAGAGUGGAGAAACUUCCCUGGGAGCAGAGGAAGCUGCUUCGGUGGAAAAUGAGCACAGUGACUCCCAACGUCGUCAAGCAGACCAUUGGACGGUCCCACUUCAAAAUCAGCAAGAGAAACGAUGACUGGCUGGGCUGCUGGGGUCACCACAUGAAGUCUUCUAGUUUCCGAACCAUUCGAGAGCAUCAGAAGUUAAACCACUUCCCAGGCUCAUUCCAGAUUGGGAGGAAGGACCGUCUGUGGCGGAACCUGUCUCGAAUGCAGAGCCGCUUUGGCAAAAAGGAGUUCAGUUUCUUUCCCCAGUCCUUCAUCCUGCCCCAGGAUGCCAAGCUCCUACGCAAGGCCUGGGAGAGCAGCCGCCGCCAAAAGUGGAUUGUGAAGCCACCAGCUUCAGCUCGAGGCAUUGGCAUCCAGGUCAUUCACAAGUGGAGUCAGCUCCCCAAGCACAGGCCCCUCCUGGUACAGAGGUAUCUACACAAACCCUACCUCAUCAGCGGCAGCAAGUUUGAUCUGCGGAUUUAUGUUUACGUCACUUCCUAUGAUCCUCUACGGAUUUACCUCUUUUCAGAUGGGCUUGUCCGCUUUGCCAGUUGCAAGUACUCCCCUUCUAUGAAGAGCCUUGGCAACAAGUUCAUGCACCUGACUAAUUACAGUAUCAAUAAAAAGAAUACUGAGUACCAGGCCAAUGCAGAUGAAACAGCUUGCCAGGGCCAUAAAUGGGCACUGAAGGCUUUGUGGAAAUACCUGAGCCAGAAGGGAAUCAAUAGUGACAUUAUCUGGGAGAAGAUAAAGGAUGUUGUCGUUAAAACUAUCAUCUCGUCAGAGCCUUAUGUGACCAGCCUGCUCAAGAUGUAUGUCCGGCGGCCCUACAGCUGCCAUGAGCUCUUCGGUUUUGAUAUCAUGCUGGAUGAGAAACUCAAGCCUUGGGUCCUGGAGGUCAACAUUUCCCCCAGCCUCCACUCCAACUCUCCCUUGGACAUCAGUAUCAAAGGCCAGAUGAUCCGUGACCUUCUGAAUCUGGCGGGAUUCGUUCUGCCCAACGCAGAGGAUAUCAGUUCCAACCCUAGCAGUUCCAGCACCUCCCCUACCAGCUCUCCCAGGGACAAAUGUCAGAUGGCUCCCGAGUAUUUCACUGCACAGAAGAUGAAGAAAGCCUAUUACCUGGCCCAGAAAAUUCCUGACCAGGACUUUUAUGCAUCUGUGCUGGACAUCCUGAUGCCAGAUGAUGUUCGCAUUCUGGUGGAGAUGGAGGAUGAGUUUUCUCGUCGUGGUCAAUUUGAACGAAUAUUUCCUUCUCGAAUCUCUUCUCGCUAUCUCCGCUUUUUUGAGCAGCCACGAUAUUUCAACAUUCUGACCACCCAGUGGGAACAGAAGUACCAUAGCAAUAAGCUCAAAGGAGUGGAUCUGCUUCGGAGUUGGUGCUACAAAGGGUUCCACACAGGGGUCGUCUGUGACUCUGCUCCACUGUGGUCUCUGCCGACCUCACUUCUGACUGCCCCAAAGAAUGAUGGGAUGCUCAGUGCCUUUAGCAAACUGGACACUGGCAAGCUGGGGAAACCCACUUCUUCAAAGGAUAGUGAGGAUACCAGCAAAGAACACAUCCUCUCCACCCAGACAUUACCCAUGAUCAAAUACUCUAGGAAGACUGUGAGACUUUCAACUCCCUCCUAGCUGCUGUGAGCCGGUGACUGGCUGCCACCACAUGGCCUGCCCAGGAGCACCAGCAUCAGCUACCUCAUGGGAACUGCCUGCUGACCAGCCUAAACCCCUACCCCUUCACCUUGCCCUCAUCAGAGUAUUUUUUGAAGUGGUUGUGUUGCAGAAAUGGGCAUUUGGAGGGCUGGAGGGGUGAGGUGAUGGAGAGCAGGUGAGGAAAGCUCAUUCUCUGUCACUUGUUGCCUGGCUGUGUACCUCAUAUCUCAGUAGAGAAGCCAGUGUUGGCCAAGCAGCCUUAUAAAGCAGGGUUUGGUUUCUAACUUCACAGAGCCAUGUGUGUUUGUUUUAGGCCCUGAUACAAUGGGUGAGUUAUAGUUUAAGAGGAAAAAAAAAAUAUGCUGGUGUGUUUGUCUGGAAGUCCUGUGUUCUGUAGCUGAGGAGUUUCUCUGAAGGUCCUCAUUUCCUCAGGUCUCCUCUCCCCAACUGCCUACCUCCUUUCCUGAGGAGCCACUUUCAAAAUCUCAGGUGUCCUCAGGAGAUAGGCAGGAGAAGACAUGACAUGCUGAACCCACUUGACGUCUUAGUUUUGGAGGGCUCCUGUCCUCUGAACCAUUUUUCCUUUUGUACACUCACCCAGCCAAUAGCCCUAGGUCUUGCUGUUCUGGUCUCAUGUCACUCCUUGUCCACCCUUCUGCUUUCUUUCUCAUGUCUGUCCAGCUGAGCCUCCUGUGAGAAGUUCUGUGAACUUGGUGAAUUUCCCAUGGCUUUAGAGGAGGACCCCUGGGGCUUUCUGCUGAUAUGGUCUAGGUCCACAUGUCACAGGACACAUCCAGGGGGAGUGGGCAGGAGCUAUGGCUUCCCCUCAACACAGAGGAAGUCUCAUUCUCUUUUACAGCUGGCAGGCUCUGGUGGCCUGGCAGGGGCAUUCCAGGACAGUCACUUGUAAUACUGGCUUCUAGUCAGAUCUCUGACGAACCUCAUAAUCACUUUAGUAAAUAUGACUGUUGAAUAAAUGUCAAACAGGUGAACUCUAUAUGCAAAGACCUUUAAGAAUAAGAGUACCUGAACCACUAGCUCUGCUUUUCUUUUCCCUGGGGGAAAGUAGAGCUUGAGGAGAAGCACAAGAUAUGGAAACAUAAAGUGGCUGAUUUCACUUGCGCUGUGCUCUUCCUUCACCCAGCACUUCCCAGUGGCUGCUUGCCUCCUCCUCAGUUCUUGCCAUCCCUUUAGUUAGUUUUUCUGGCAGUACAACAUACAAGAAGUCACUCGGUUCCACAUCUCUCAUAUGCACAUUUUGCACAUCAAGCAGGAAGCUCAACUACAGUCCUACCCUGGCCUUUAGUUGUCCUUGUUCUUCUGGGCUUUGGAAAGAUAAGCUCCCUAGCUUUGUGGCUUCUGGAGUUCUGUGAUAUGUUGGAGAGGUUUGACUGAGUUCAAGGCCGGAGUUCUGCCCAGUCCUAAGGCUGUGUUGACAGUGAAGAAAGGUUGGCAAGGUCCGAGGCUUCAAAGUUCGGCCAAAGUGGGAGAGGUCUUUGGCAUCCUGGUAAAUCUGUUUUGAUAUCACCACCGUGCACUCCUUUCUGGGUGCAGCCAUCUCAUGCAGGUGUGGGUAAGGGAAGAAGCAGCCUCCCUAAGAGAAUCCCAGCUCUACCCAGCAGCCUGCUUGUCGCUGGCCUUCUGGUUUGAGGCCUAGCGGAGCGAGGUUCCUUCUUGGAAACCAGCUUCCGUUCCUUUACUUGACUUCUGAGAGUCCUGAAGAGCACAGCCAGUCCAUUUUCAUCCCUGUAACGAGAGAGGAACCAGCAUUCUAGCACGGUGGGGUUGAGGGAGGAGGAGAGGACUUAGGAAAUGAGUGAUGAAAAUACAGUGCCCUUAGUAGUUUAAAAUGUCUAUUCACUGUGCUUUUUGUUUUGAUGGUACUGGAGAUAGACUUGGCACUGAACCCCAGCUCUUUUUUUUUUU